GCGAUGAUGAGGACAGCACGUUUGCGUGUCGCCGUGACGCAGUGGUUGCUGCAGAAACGGUCGGCUCCCUCCGCGCGGUGCGGUUCGCAGUGGAGCUCCUGGAAGGCGUCUGUCAGCUUCAGCGCGAGCGGCGGGAGACGCUGCGGCGGCGGGGCUGCCAUGGUGCUAAUCAAGGAGUAUCGUGUCAUUCUGCCUGUGUCUGUGGAGGAGUAUCAAGUGGGACAGCUGUAUUCUGUGGCAGAAGCCAGUAAAAAUGAAACUGGUGGAGGUGAAGGAGUGGAGGUUCUGAUGAAUGAACCCUACGAGAGAGAUGGAGAACGUGGUCAGUACACACACAAGAUCUACCACUUACAGAGCAAGGUGCCGUCAUUUGUGAGAAUGCUGGCCCCAGAAGGAGCCCUGAACAUACAUGAGAAAGCAUGGAAUGCCUAUCCCUACUGCAGGACUGUUAUUACAAAUGAGUACAUGAAAGAUGACUUUCUGAUCAAAAUUGAAACCUGGCACAAACCGGACCUUGGAAUGCAGGAGAAUGUUCAUAAACUAGAGCCAGACGUAUGGAAGAAUGUAGAAGCAGUUUAUAUAGACAUUGCAGAUCGGAACCAAGUGCUCUCCAAGGAUUACAAGCAGGAAGAAGACCCAGCCAAAUUUAAAUCUGUCAAGACUGGACGUGGGCCUCUGGGCCCCAACUGGAAGAAAGAGCUGGGGAAACAGACAGAUUGUCCGUACAUGUGUGCUUACAAACUGGUAACAGUCAAGUUCAAAUGGUGGGGUCUGCAAAAUAAAGUUGAGAACUUUAUACAGAAGCAGGAGAAACGUCUUUUCACAAAUUUCCAUCGGCAAUUGUUUUGCUGGCUUGAUAAGUGGGUUGAUCUGACUAUGGAGGACAUUCGCAGGAUGGAGGAGGAGACCAAGAAACAGCUGGAUGAGAUGAGAGAAAAAGACCCCGUGAAAGGAAUGACAGCUGCAGAUGACUAAUGUGGCUUCCUCCUUGUGCACUUUUGCAAGACAUUCAGCAGGAAGGCCCAGAGGCUCCACCCUCUUGACCAAUGGACCAUCUCUGGAUCAAGCCUUUCUAUAUCCAAUCGGCAGGCGAUUUUAAAUCUCCCAUAGCUAAUUCUAGAUGCCCUUUAAUAUUGUGAGCAAAUAGACAGUCUGGUACUAAGCGCUCCAAUGUUAGCACGUAUGUGAAGGAGGCAGCUCCUUGGAGACGUGUGACUUAUAGAUUGCUGUAUUUAUGACUCCUCCCUCCUUUUUCCAUUGUGUUCAGACCAAUUUCCAUGUGGCCCUGUUUGAUUUCCAAGUGGCAUUUUUAGCUGAAUUAGUCUUGUGAUGUGCUGAUUUAGAUUUAUUUUGUUUGUUUUCAAAACUGGGAUAAACUGCUGCCUUUGUCCUGUCCCAGCCCUUCACCAUUCUUUGAGUGUCCAUUUAUGGAGAGGGAAUUGUCAGUAUUUAUUUUAGAGUGCAAAACUAUUCCACAGAAUUCUAGGCUCUGACUUUUGCUCCCAAGGUCACGAUAUUACUGGCAUACAGGCUCCAUCAUGCACCUGUAUUGCUAAGGUCAAGUCUGCUGUUAAGAGACCACCAUACGUGGCCACUGCAACAGUAUUACUUGGUAUGUCUAAACACACACAACUUAAAGGGACUGAACAGCAGGUAUCCUUUAUGUGUGAAUGCUGAGACCUUGAAUGCAUCUUUUGUCUAGAUAGGUGUCUUUCCUUUGGCCCUUGGAACUAUGUUGGUGUUCUAUAGUUGUGUGUAUAAAUCAGCCUUUUAAAAUUGUUGUGAUAACUUAGCUGAUGAAUCUCACAAUCUACUGGACUGCCCUUUAUUAUGAUUGCUCAUAAUUUGUAAAACUAACGCUAUUUUGUUCACCCAUGAGAAGAAAAUGAGUGUCCCAGGACAAGCAGAAUUUUGUGAUGCUGAUGGACAUAAUCUCCAUAUCCAAUCAUGCUCAGAUGUCUGGAUUUGUGCUGCUGUUCAGCAAUAAUACUUUUCUGCAUACUACCCAUUAUGAAAUUGCUAGAACUUAGUUUGCCUUUCUGUGCUGCGAAAAGGCAAGAUGUAAGGCCAAGCAAUCUCUGCACAAGAUAAUUGCAAUUUCCAAGGGUUGCAAAGGAUGUUGCUGAGUGGCAGAAAACAGCUCCAGAACUCAUUCUUAGUCUGUGUCCUUAUGGUGUUAUCUCAGUUUUAGACAAUUAAGCUGGACAGAAUCAAACAAACAUUACUUUAUUAAAUACAUGAGGAAACAUGACUAGGAGAAACAAGGGCUUUCCUGGCUUAUCGGUAGAGGCCAGUGUUUGGCUUGCUUCUGCCAGCAGCUAUGUAAUCAAACUUCAUUCCCUUUAUCUGUAUUGGGUUGAAGUAAAGUGAAAUGUAAAUGCCAAAGGCAGCUGUGAUGUUACCACUUCCACCUCCACCCCCCCACUUUUUUUUUUUCUUUUUUUUUUUUUUUAAAUAAUGCUGGCUUCAUGCAGUAUGCCUGACUUGUACUCAGCCUCUUACAAACCUUCAUCAGACAAUAGAUCCUGAAUCAGUCCCGUGGCAUGCUGAAUGAAAGUGCGGGGAUGAAUUGUUUUCGGUGCAGGAGAAAGAUGCACAGGACUUGCUCUAAAGGAAAAGGCUGGUCUUCAGUCAAGAGGCAAUUUAUUCCCCCUCUCCUCCCCCCCCCCUUUUUUUUGUGUGGGUAAGUCUGUUCUUUUGCCUUACAGAUGUCUAAGUGCAAUAAGCUCUGAAUCGUACUGGUGACUCUGGCUGAUCCUUCUCAGUGACCUCAGAGGGUUUUUGGGAUGUGGAUUUUAGCAUACUCACGAAGUAGAAAUAAAACCAGCUCAUUAAAUAAUAGUCUAAGAUAUUAAACCUUAAUCUUCAAGACUAUUUGGGACCAGGAAAAUUGUUUUUGUGGCACUGUUUCUCUAGGGGUUUCAGAAGCAGAGUCCAGGAGUGUACACCCCUUACUAGAGUUCCCUCGAACUAGAAUAUUUUAAUUGAGAAUUAACACAUUGACUUGUUAACAUCUUGUCAGUAGCAGAGUUUAAGGAGGGAUUCUUACACGUGGGGAAAACUUGAGAAUAUAUAACAUGAUUAUUCUUAGAUACUUUUUUUUUAUAUAUAUACAUUCAAGAGGUUUUCUAGCUGACAUUUCAUCUCCAUGGAAACAGAUUGUGACAUUUAUAAAGACAGGAUCAGAAAACGAUUGUGUGUGAGGGUGUAAGCUCGUAUUUAAACAUAAAACUUUCCUGAUUAGCAAUAAUUACCAGGAAAAAAAUGCAGGAAACUGCAAGCUAAAUACAUGAUUUAAAAAAAAAAUUCACGUUUAUCCAGAGUGAAAGUUUUCCUCAAAGUUGGGAUAGAGAGAUCCUGUAGAGACCUCUCUCAGGGGCAGUCUUGAUCCUUGGUUCGCGCUAGUGACAGCAUAGCGAAAUGUAACAAUCUUCACUGAUUGUAUUAGUGUGCUGUAUAUCUCUUGCAUUGGCUUUGGCAAGAACCCAAAACCUGCUGGCUCCCGGAGGGGUUAAUGAUUGGAUGUUUGUUUGUUCUAGGGGGAUCGUUGUGCUGUCACAUUCUCUUCAGAUCCAAACCGGGUGCCCUGGUUGGAUUUUAAACACUGCAGUUCUGAUCGGAAGCAGGUGCCCUGGUGGAGAGGCCCAUGGGCUGGGAUGUUUUAGCUGGAGUUUACCUGAUGGAGGCCACAGUGACACUCUGUACUCCCAGCACACUUGCACCUUUCUGGGUUUAUCCUCCUACAGCCCCUGCUGGGACUCCCUGACAAGUUUUGAUUGGUUCAUAGUGCUAUUCCUUUUACAACAUACACUUUGUAGAAUUAAUUAGAUAAUAUUGUUUCUUUAAUGUGAGUUUGUGCCUUUUUGUCUCCUGAUCUUCCAAUACGGACAUAUUGGAAACAAAUCGAAUAAAAUCUUAGACAGAG